AUGGCUCCCAUCGGCGCGCAGUGGCUGCUGUUCGCUGCGAUGAUGCAAAAUGUCGAGGCGCUCAAUCUAAUGACCAUGACGCUGCUGAUGACGAUGAUGGCGCUUCCGUACUCACACUUCAUUCGGUGCAGCAUGAUGAUCUGGUUGCAGACACUGGUUAUGUUUAAGCUGCUGUAUCGCCUGCCCAUAGUCCAGAGCUACUUUACGCACCUACAUGUGGACAGUGCAG